GUUGGGAACAGUCGAAAAGGCGGUAACCCCGUGGCCGGGACCGGAGUCAACAGUCAACGGCCAACUCGUGUUUGUUUUGAUCGAACAGUUGUUUGUGUGAUCAACAAAAACAAAUCUCGUCUUUGAUUUUAUUCGGUGUCGUUGAAUCAUCGAUGGGUUUAAAUAAUAGACUGUAGCGUUUUGAAAAUAAUCUAACUGGAUCCUUCGGGGAUCGGGCGUUGUCAAUUGCGUUGUAUCUAGACUCGUGUCGUCGUCGAGGGAUUAUUAAUUAUGAGCCUCUCAGCGGAUGAGGAGAACGCACUGAGAAUGCGGAUAACGCAUUUCGUCCAGCCUUACCCGUCUGGUUCUUUGGUUUUAAGCGACUGCGACUGCACUUCCGUCUCAUAUUUCUUCAUAUCAAUCGUUCUUCUCAUUCUGGGCAUGUGCAUCAGCGCUUCUGCCCUGGGUGCGACCGAGCUCAAAUUGUUCUCCAACCUGGGGCACAUGUGGCUCAUCGGGCCGAUUUGCGUCUGCUGCGGGACCAUGAUCGGAAUCAAAAGUUUCCUGUACCUGAGGAGAAAAAACGUGAUCAAAAGACUCAUCCGACAAAGGAUACUCAUUAGAGAUUUCCAGGAUAUCGUUCGUGAUUCGAGAUGUUCUCACGUUCUCACGCAGAGGUGUUCACAUUUGACCGCAAGCGCGAUGACACUCCCGCCUCCUUAUGAAUUUAUAUUGAGCCAAAUCGCUCUCGAGACUCCACCUCCUUCUUAUGACAGCGCUCUUCUCAACAUGGAACAGCCCAUCACAAAAGUGGACACAUAUACAGAAACAACUUUUUAACAGUAUGUAAGUACCUUUUUGACUCCAAAGGAUCAAAUAUUAGAGUAAUAUUCGUUUAGGCCAUAAAGUAGCCAUUUAGCCGUUCAGGCCAACUGGUGUGAUGAAGACUGAUAAAGAACUGGACAUGAAUCUAAAUUUAUUGGCCUUGAAAUGGUGCUAAAUCGACAAUGGUAUUUGAUGUUUUUAUACAAAAACGAAGUUCACACUCAUUACU